AGCGGAGGGUGAAUUUGUUUGAGCACACGCUGUCAGGAUGAGCUGAUGUGAGCGCUGCAUCAAGUGCGCGGUGGUGAUGCUCCCGUAUUAAACAGCCCGCUGUAUUUUGGCACAGAGGGGGAUGCAUCAGUUUAACCCUCGGCUCUGCCCUCCGGACUCGCCCAUACAGUGUUCAGCCUAGAUAAGUUGAGGGGAUGUGUGAUCCUAUUGUGAGGAAUCCUGCCGCACGAUUUUCCUGAGGAGCUCUCUCUGUUCGUUUUUUUCUUCAACUUCGAUGGCUUGAGUGGCCCAUUUGCACUCAUGCUUACAGCCGAGGAGGGAUGUAAGGUACGGGCCAUCUACCGCCCUCACAUUGCAAGGAGUAGCGGCGUGAUUCAGGUCGCUAUCUGAGUGCUAAUAAGAAAAAAAACUACUUUCGAGAUGUGAAUUAUCGAGAUUUGCUACUCAUUCCACCGGCUCGCCUGUCCUAUGCUAUCGACAACGGGAUUUCAAGAGGAAAAUGAUUGUGGCAUAAACUAUUUCUGGAGUAGAUUGUCACAGAUAUCGCCGCUGAACUGGACAGGGUGGAUGGUUAUUUCCCAAACAGUUCAAGCCUAUGUAUACUGCAUUCAUUUAUUGGAAUCGCUGCCUAUUAUCUUCGAGAACAGCGCAAGAGGAAUGCUGGUCCAAGAUCUAAUGCCAUUUACUUUAAGUUUUUGGCCUUUUUUCUUCGGUCAUUGCUUUCUCUCACUGUUUUUACUCUCAUGCCAGGGAGAACUCCAGAGGUCAUGCUCACGGACUGUGGCGGAGAAAGUUAGUGAACAGUGCCAGCUGCCAUGCCACUGUAGAAGAUACCCUCCCCUUCCUCCUCCACCGCCUCCACCACCUCCCCCACGGCUACUGGGCACCACAGUGGCAGAGCCCAUGGUGCCCUUGUUGAGGCCCUGGUGGAUGGAGAUGGACAUUGUAGUGCUUGGAACGGUGGGCUGUGCCUCCGUUGUCUUCCUCCUCUCAGCCAUCAUCAUCUGCUACAAGGCCAUCAAAAGGAAACCACUACGAAAAGAAGAGAACGGGACAAGUCGCGGGGAAUAUGCCAUGAGCAUCCGUAACAAGAAGGCCAUGGGUACAAACAACACUGUAGUAUAGACUGUCUCCAAGUAGACAAGGGAAGGGACAUCACCAUUACCGUCUCUCACCUUAUACCCCCCCCAAUACAAAUAUCCCUUCUCACCCAGAAUGCAACAGGGUUUUACCCGAGGUUUUCCAAAAAGUAAACCUUCCCUCUUUGCGUGGCAUGUUGCCCGGACUGAACACACCAUUCAGCUCAAGAGGAGCUGCAAAAGAAGGAAGGAAAAAAAUCAAGCAAGAAUGGAUGGAUAGAAAAAUCCACAAACCCCCAUGGUGUCGAAAGUGGCACAGCAGGCUGAACAUUAUGCUCUUAGUAACAGCAAGUGUUGCUGACAGGCUGGUUGGCUGCUGGCUGGAGAGGGACUCUCUGCCAGUCUGCUGCAGAUCCAGACCUCACACACUGUUGACAUCUGCAAUGGAACAACAGACAAUAACAGCAUCCCUGCAGUCCUACGAGCGGCCAGACAGGACAUGCCCAUCAUACAAAAUAAAUAAAGUGCAUGCCGUUUUUACAGAGAAUGCAACAUUUUUUACAUUCCAUUCCCAAAACACACUGCCCAUCUUUUGUUCUCCAUUUUGAGACAGAUGCUAUGUUAGAGGCAUGAUGUUCCUGUCUGUCCUCGCUCUGACAUGUGGAUUUAUCUGACUAUGCAAUUUAAAGAAAUCCAUAUAAAAAAGGAGCAACAACAUCAGCAUGGGACGUUCUGGUUAUUUUACCAUGCCCAAAAUGCCACCGAAGACUUAAGCUCAAUGUAAUAUACUUCAGUCACUCAUCAAUUUAUUUGCUCAAUUUAUUUACUAAUCUACCUUUGAAUUUAUUUUUCUACUUAAAAGAAAGAUGUCUUGUAUGUUACUCACAUCUUUACAAAUCUCAAACAUCUUGAUGAAUUCAUUUUAUUACUUGAUAGCCCUGUUUUUUAAGUGAAUAAUUUAUAAACCAUAUAAUUCAUUUGUGAUGCUCCGGUGCGUUAAGCCUGCUGUCAGUUUGUUGAGACACUGAUGCAGAAAAGGCGCUUGCUUUGCAAAGAGUUUUGAUAUUGGUUGUUUUGUCUCUGGGUGUUUGAUAUGCUUCUCUCUGUUUCCCUAAGACUUCUGCUAAAAAAAAGUCAGGGGUGUCUAUGAUGUGCUAUGUUUUUUCCAAACAUUAUUUUUGUGCUGCAUCAUAAUGCUAGUCUCCAUUUUUUUAUUUGAUUAUCUCAAGGCAAGCCCACACCCCUUACAAAGUUAAACCUGAUGUCACAAGUCAUUUGGUUAAAUCUUGGGGUCAGUUAGAUGCCUUCAGCCUCACUUUGUUUGGAUUUGACAAUCUUCAUUUUCAUAUCUGUCAAGAAAGGCUUAGCCCAUCACUAUAGAAACUGGGGACAUGAGCCCAUAGCUGACCUUGUGACUGGUGAGAGACAGGAGACGAAGCCAAUAGCCAGAGAUCAGGUUGCACAGAGGAAGGCCUCAGCAGUGAUGUGUGUAACUCAGUGCAAUCACAGGUAUCCUCCACAUCCUCGCUGGAAAAACAUAACUGAGCGGAACUGGAGCAUCACUCAAUGCUGCACUGCUUUUAUACAUUAAAUCUAUGUGUGUGUGUGUGUGUGUGUGUGUGUGUGUGUGUGUGUGUGUGUGUGUGUGUCUCGGUCUGUCUGUCUGUAAGUGUGCAUGCAGAUGAGUGUACUCAGUGAGAGUGGGCUGUACUCUGUGGCUGUCAGUUCAGUAUAGAUAUUGGCUAAAUUGUGGACAUUUGGAAAAACACAUGCUUGCAUCCAAACAUGCACAGAUAUUAGUUAACAGUAUACCCCACCAUGUACCUAUAUGAGAGAAAUGAUGGAUGCAUGAAUGUAAAUAUUGAUAUUUAAAUAUCUGCCUUCUGGACUGUUAAUUAAUGUACAGUGUAACAGAACAUAUGUUUAUACAUAGUAAGACUUAAACAAUGUGCUACCAUUUAAAAUUAUGUCAAUGUUGUCAUGCUGAUGGAGCAAGCCAUUAAUGUAUAUAUGGCAAUCAAUAAUACAUACAAUUUAUGCAUUAUACCAAACAGAUAGACAGAUGUGCAUAAGUUGAUUUCAUUGCUGAGUUUUUCAGUUGUAAAUAAAACUGUACAGAACAACAGAC